GGAUAUUAUAAUUUAAUUUUAAUCUUUGUGGAUAUUCUAAUUUUAUUUUACUCUGUGGAUAUUUUAAUUUUCUUUUACUCUUUGUGGAUAUUCUAAUAUUAUUUUAAUCUUAGUGGAUAUUUUAAUUUUAUUUUACUGUUUGUUAAUAUUCUAAUUUUGUUUCAAUGUUCGUGGAUAUUCUAAAUUUAUUUUAAUCUUUGUGGAUAAUCUGGAUCUCUGGCUACAGACACAACUUUAAUUCUGUGCUCUCCUCUUGAUAAGUUUUAUGUCACGUUAAUUGGAAACGACAAGCCAGAAACGAAAGUGUAGUUAAUUAAUUGACAUUUCUCAUUAGCCAGUUUCGUGGAAAACGUUAUAGAUCUAAGUGAAGCUGUCUAUGGUAAAAGUACAUUUACUGUCUAAGAUAAAGAAAGGAUUAACACAGCAACUACUGACACAAAAGUAUUGCCUUUUUUUAAUGUGGUUUAAGAAACAACGAGAGAGCAGAAGUUGACGUCACACAACCCAAGCGGAUCUUGACGUCACACAAUCCAAGCAGAAGUUAACGUCACACAAACCCAGCAGACGUUGCCCCCAGCCCCAGAAUGCGCGUGUCCUUCCCUGACCUGAUCGCCAAGAAGCGAGAUGGCCACGAGUUGUCUGACGAGGAGAUUCGCACGUUCGUCAGUGGAGUGGCUGAUGGCACAAUGGACGCGUGUCAGAUUGGGGCCAUGCUGAUGGCCAUCUACCUGAAGGGCCUGUCCAACAAGGAGGUCUCCUCCCUGACACGUGACAUGAGGAACUCAGGCACGACCCUCACGUGGCCAGAGGAGUGGAGGGGCAGGCUGGUGGACAAACACAGCACAGGGGGCGUGGGCGACAAGGUCAGCCUGGUACUGGCACCAGCUCUGGCAGCGUUUGGUCUCAAGGUGCCCAUGAUAUCCGGCCGUGGUCUGGCACACACAGGUGGGACGCUGGACAAACUGGAGGCGGUGCCAGGGUUCAGGUGUGACCUCACCUUCCAAGAGAUGACGGACAUCCUCGGCUCUGUCGGCUGCUUCAUCUCCGGACAAACCAAAGAUAUCUGUCCGGCCGACAAAAAAACAUACGCCGUACGUGACGUCACAGCCACCGUGGACGACAUUGGACUAAUCACGGCUUCUAUCGUAUCUAAGAAAGCUGCUGAAAACAUUCACGCUCUUGUGUUAGACGUCAAGACCGGAAGUGGUGCGUUCAUAACGGACAAGUCCAAAGCCGCCAUGUUGGCCAAGUCCAUGGUAUCAUGUAGUGAAAGCCUGGGCACCAAAACAGUGGCACUGCUAACUGACAUGGACUCGCCGAUUGGGAACAUGGUUGGGAAUGCUCUAGAGGUCAUUGAAUCCAUUCAGUGUUUACAAGGGAAAGGUCCUAAAGAUUUGCUUGACCUUACAGUCAGUUUAGGUGGACAUCUGCUACAUGCCGGCAAGUUUGUUAAAAAUGUGGAAGAAGGCUGUAAAACAAUCCAGGAGAAAAUAAACAAUGGAGAAGCAUUGGCCAGAUUUUGCUCCAUGUUAAAAGGCCAGGGUGUCAAUAAACAAUUAGCAGACGAUCUGUGUGACCCAAACAACGACCCGAGAUCAUUUCUUCCAAAGGCCAAAUCUCAGUCUCAGCUCUGCUGUCCAUCUGCUGGCUACGUACAGCGGAUUGAUGCAAUGGAUGUGGCAGUAGCAGCCCAUAAACUUGGGGCAGGUAGAAACUCACCUGGUGAACCUGUCAACUGGGCUGUAGGACUGGAGUUACUGGUUGAUGUUGGUGAUCAGGUGACCGCAGGUCAAGCGUGGGUCAAGGUACAUCACGACUCAGAUUUAUCGGAUGAAAUAAUCCAUCGUUUGACCAAGGCGUUGUUUAUUUCUCAAAGUGUUGUCGAUCCACGAACGUCCAGGGUCCAGGAAGUAAUUGAGGGGAACAAUGUCACAGAGAACUAAAGUCCAUCUAUAUCAAAAAUGAUUUUAAGUUCAGAAAUGAUUAGCUUAUAAUACUUAUCUUAUUAAUUUGCCUUUGGUUGAACAGUAUAAUUUACAAAGCAAUUAUUUUUAUUUAUUUUUUGUGAACAUUGAACUGGCCUGUUAGAGAGUGUAAAUUUGAGGGAUUUUUACUUUGUUUACAAUUUGCGACCCAAUAGUUUUUGUCAUAUUUAGGUUCAUAACCUUUGACUGUGUCACCUUUUGACAUGUAUGUGUCAGUCUGUAAAAAUAGAAACUAUCCAUCUAUUUGACCUUCUCAGACUCUGGCCCACAGUUGAAGCAUGAUCCUGUUCUACUAAUUAAAGUGCGAUUACAACAAUUGGAAAAUUAAUAAAGAGAUUAAUUUUUUAAAAUUUUCAAUGUCACUAUUUUUGUCAGGAUUUGCACAACUAGCUGACACUGACUCUAGCUAAUGAACAUUGUGUCCUAUCUAUGCAAAUGUUAUGUCUUAUCUACAACUCCAGACAACUUUCACUAAAAUACUUGUUAAAUGCCUUGUUACUUGAGUUAUAUUAAUUAAUUAUAAAAAAAACUUUGUUGUAGCAAUAAUUAAAAUACAUGUUUUUGUAGGGUUUACUUACAGCCUUAUUGUCUGACUGCCUAAUUUUCUGGCUUCCAAUGAUUUGUAUGAAGGUUAGGAUAACAGCACACAAAGUACUUGUUUAUGUUCUUUAUAUUUGGUCCGAUGCUUUAAACUAAUCAACCAACUGAAGUUCCCUGUAAUUGUUGGUUGAUGAUUCCAAAGUGUACAUGUUACUUUUGUUGACAGAUUGUUAUUGAUUUGAAAUCACAUUUGUUAACAGAUUGUUAAUGAUUUGAAAUCAACUUGAUUGUUUAGUGCUAGUCCCGGUGAUGAAGUUUUGUGAUGAAGUUUUGUGAUGAAGUUUUUGUGGUGAAGUUUUUGUGGUGAAGCUCUGUGAUAAAAAAUGCUCUUGUAGAAGCUACAGCUGAGUUCAGCUGACCAGAAAAAUUGUCUUGUUCUGAUGGUUUGGUAUGUGUGGAUGAUAUUGAAGUUUAAAGAAUAUUUUAAUAUAUUUUUUAUAGAGCUAUCUAUAUAAAAGCUUGUUGAUAAAUUAUUAAUUAAAACUUUCUACAUUAUUGAUUUUUUUUCCUUCUUUCAAGAUUUCAUGGGGCUACAAUGUAUAUAGUUUGAUCAUAUUGGGCUACAGUGUAUAUAGUUUGAUCAUAUUGGGCUACAGUGUGUAUAGUUUGAACCUCUGUUUAGGAUUUGAACUGACACAUUCUUGACAAAAAAUAAAA